CAGAAAAUGACAAAUCUGAAAUCGAGGCUCUGUUCCAGGGCCUCCCUAUCAUUUUGCUUGACAUUUAUGACUAUACAUGCACUUCAUACGCCUUCCACUAGAUGUCAAUAGGCUGUGAGAGGUGAAAUGGGGUUUCUAGGUAUUUCUAUGGUCAAAAGAGAGAGCUUGGAAUGACAUGACCCCCGAAUUCCUUUGUUCAGGAAGCGCAUAAAGGUCAUCAGUAUUGGCUUCUGAAAAGCAUUCGCUAUAGACGUCUAAUAUCUCCGGCUUUGCUUUUAUUUGAUAAAUGUGAUAAUAUCAUCGUAAAGUAUGUUUUUUCAAUAUAGUUUUAUCCGAUUAUUGAAAUUUUUCCGGGAGUUUAGGCGUGUUGCGUUCUUUGCGUUUGGUGACGAUGGACAGCUUAGCGCCACUUGGCUAGUUUUGCUUGCUCAUUCGAGAGGGAAAAAGGCCAUUCUAAAACCAAACAAUGAUUGUUCUGGACAAAGGACCCCUUGUACAACAUUCUGAUGGAAGAUCAUCAAAAGCAGGACCCAUUUAUGAUGUUAUUUCAUAUAUCUGUCGAACAUGUUUACUUUUAGUUUGCGCCCAGAUUUUGGGCGCUCUUUCGCUAUAACGUAAGCUGCAUGUCGUAAUGAAGUUAUUUUUAGAAUUCUAACACGGCGAUUGCAUUAAGAACUAGGGUAUCUAUCAUUUCCUAUACAACAUGUAUUUUUUAGUAAAGUUUAUGAAUAGUUAUUUGGUCAGAAUAGGUGAGUGUCAGAAAUAUAUCCGGACAUUCUGGGAAAAAGAUGCUACGUUUUCACAAUGUAUAACCACGGAUUUCAGCUCUAAAUAUGCAAAUUUUCUAACAAACCAUAUAUGUAUUGUGUAAUAUGAUGUUAUAGGACUGUCAUCUGAUGAAGUUUAUGAAGGUUAAUAAAAAAAUGUAUAUCUUUUGCUGGUUUAUUCGCUAUCGCUAACGUGCCUAUUGCUAUCGCUAACGUGCCUUGAAUGAAUGAAUGCGGUUGUGUGGUAGGCUAUUGUAGUAAGCUAAUAUAAUGCUAUAUUGUGUUUUCGCUGCAAAACACUUAAAAAAUCGGAAAUAUUGGCUGGAUUCACAAGAUGUUUGUCUUUCAUUUGCUGUACACCAUGCAUUUUUCAGAAAUGUUUUAUGAUGAGUAUUUAGGUAUUUCACGUUGGUCUCUGUAAUUACUCUGGCUGCUUCGGUGCUAUUUCUGAUGGUAGCUGUGAUGGUAGCUGCAAUGUAAAACUGGUUUAUACCUCAAAUAUGCAAAUUUUUCGAACAAAACAUAGAUUUAUCGUAUAACAUGUUAUAAGACUGUCAUCUGAUGAAGUUGUUUCUUGGUUAGUUUGGUUGGUUCUUGGUUAGUUUGGUUGGUUAUGUGCAAGCUACCUGUGCUGUGAAAAAUGUCUGUGCUUUUUUGUAAUUGGUGGUGAGCUAACAUAAAUGUACGUGGUGUUUUCGCUGUAAAACUUUAAAAAUCGGACAUGUUGACUGGAUUCACAAGAUGUGUAUCUUUCAUUUGCUGUAUUGGACUUGUUAAUGUGUGAAAGUUAAAUAUUUCAAAAAAAUAUUUUUUGAAUUUCGCGCUUUGCCUUUUCAGUGGAAUGUGGGAGGUGUUCCGCUAGCGGAACCCCGGUGCUAGACAGGUUAAAAAAGUCAGUCUCACCCUUCAUUUUAUUGUUCGGGAUGGCGUAUCCGUCCACUAAUGCUCCCUGACGGGUCCAAGGUGAGUCCCUUCUGCUCCACCCAGGCGGAGUGUGGGUCCCUGAGCCACGUCUAAUGCAGCCCCUGUGUGCAGUUAACCUCGGUGUUACCGGCAACGAUCAGCAAACGGAGUUUGCCAUCCUCGUCACCAACAAUUGUCGUGGAAAUUCUAACCAAAAAGAAGAGACUGUAGAUUCUUCAAACAACAAUUUUAUUCUAAGAAAUGCAAUUCUGGAGCAGUUAGCAAUCACUCAAUGGUGCAGAGUUAAAGAGCCCAACGAACAAGAGUUACGUCUCAGCUUUUAUAGCAAUGUACAAACUCUUUGUUCUACGUGACAUUUAGCAGAUGUGUGAGAACCUGGUGGGAACAUUGUGUGCAAAAAAGUGAUAACACCAGUUUUGUUACUCCUUUCUUCUGAUAUCUAGGCACUGCUGCUCAAGCUAGCUUCUGUUCUCUUCACAUCAGGGACACAGCUGUGUCCUUGACGCGUCUUUCUUUUCCCCAACGCAGUUAAGCCAAAACCACGGCCCGUUAUUCAGAGGGGCGUUCUACAAAACUUUGAGCGUUCUCCAAGUCUCCAAGUCCGGAAGUGAAUAUCACGGAGUGCGAAAUUUCAGUCACUGAUUAAUAACAUUUUCCCUUGUAUUUCAAGAUUGAAAAAUAUAAUAACAUAAUGUCGUGGACUGAGCUAGCCAUUAACGUCCCUUAACACUCAAAGACAGAUUCAAUGGCUGUAGAAUAGCGUAUUCGACUGAAUGAUUAUAAUAAAUAUUUGAGAAAUUCUGAAUAAUAAGCAUAUGCUUUUACCUGAUAAUAGACUACUUGUCACGCCCUGAACUUAGAGAGCUGUUUUAUUUCUCUAUUUGGUUAGGUCAGGGUGUGAUGUGGGGUGGGCAUUCUAUGUUUUGUUUUCUAUGUUUCUUUAUUUCUAUGUUUUGGCCGGGUAUGGUUCUCAAUCAGGGACAGCUGUCUAUCGUUGUCUCUGAUUGGGGAUCAUACUUAGGUAGCCCUUUUUCCCUCCUUUCAGUGUGGGUAGUUGACUUUGUUAGAGGCAUUAUAGCCUAUGUUAAGCUUCACGGUCGUUUCUUUGUUUCAAUAAAUAAAAGGAAUAUGUACGCUCACCACGCUGCACUUUGGUCCACUUCUUACGACGCCCGUGACACUACUAAUGAUAAUAUGACAACUUCAAAUACCGAGCUAGUGACAUUAAGUAGCCUAGGUUAACUUAGCUGACCUUCAAUUGAGGGAAUUCAACAGAGUUCUCUGUGACAUUUUUACAUCUCAUUCAAACUCUAAAAUUAAAUACAUGGGCAAAUGUUACCAAAUAUGAUAAUAACAGGCAUGCAUUACGGUAGGCAGCUAAUUGUUAAAUGACACUUUCCAUCCUUACCUUGGAAGGUCACUGGAUCUGCGCUGAUCGACAGUGAGUGUGACAACGCUAGCUAGCCAAUGGGAGCCUAGUAGAACGCCCCUCUGAAUAAUGAUGUGUGGUUUUGGCUUAACUGCGUUGGGGGAAAAGUAAGACGCGUCCUUGACAGAUACCAAAAGAACAGGAUGUACAAAGAGGCUUUUCCUUUUUUCACAAAUGUGUUGCUGACACAGUCACGUAGCUACUUCCUGUUCUCUCAGUAACAGCAUGGCAGAGAUGAAACCACAACUCUGAGAAAAACUAACCUUACUAACUUCACCAGAAGGAUCUCAUAGAUCAAGACUCUGUAGAGACAAAGAGAUGGGGAGCAAAUGCUCCAAAAGGAGGAGAGAAGAGGAGAGCCCAAGCCCUGUCUGGUGGAGACACUCAGGGAGGAGAAAAGAGGGGGGCACUGAAGGGAGGAGAGAAGAGGGGGACACUGAAGGGAGGAGAAAAGAGGAGGCCAAUGAAGGGAGGAGAGAAGAGGGGAACACUGAAGGGAGGCGAGAAGAGGAGGACACUGAAGGGAGGAGAGAAAAGGGGGACACGGAAGGGAGGAGAGAAGAGGAGGACACUGAAGGGAGGAGAGAAAAGGGGGACACGGAAGGGAGGAGAGAAGAGGAGGACACUGAAGGGAGGAGAGAAGAGGAGGACACUGAUGGGAGGAGAGAAGAGGGGGACACUGAUGGGAGGAGAGAAGAGGAGGACACUGAAGGGAGGAGAGAAGAGGGGGACACUGAAGGGAGGAGAGAAGAGGGGGACACUGAAGGGAGGAGAGAAGAGGAGGACACUGAUGGGAGGAGAGAAGAGGGGGACACUGAAGGGAGGAGAGAAGAGGGGGACACUGAAGGGAGGAGAGAAGAGGGGGACACUGAUGGGAGGAGAGAAGACCGUGACAAUGUCAACAGUGGAGCAAGGUCCUUUGACCAAAUACCCCCCAACUCUCUUGAUUGUUUUGAGACAGAGAAGAGAUUUGAAGAAAGUGAUGCAACAUUUGUGGAUGAUAACAGGGCAGAGCUCAUUCAGAGAGUUACCAUGGUGAUGGCCAUAUCAGAUAAACUUCGCCAGAGGGAUAUGAUCCAUCGUGAGGCGAACUCUAAAGUCCAUGCUGCCCGGACCAGCCAGGAACAGAUGAGGGAGCUGUACGAGGUCUUAAACACAGUUAAAGUCAAAUCAGCCUUCUACAGGAUCCUCCAGGAGAACGAGCCUUAUUUGAUCCAGGAGCUAGGUGGGCCUGUCUGUAUAGAGGUGGAUGGCUAUGAACAGACUGAGAGCAUUGGGCAGAGGAGAGUGGAUGACAUCACACAAAGAGUAAAAGAGAAACAUAAAGCCAGUCUGAAGAAGAAGUUUGGAUUCGUGUUUGAAGGCACUGCAGUGGAUAGAACUCCCCUCAACAGCAUCUACACACAGCUCUACAUCACACAUGGAGAUAGUGAAGGGGUUAAUAACGAACACGAGAUCCGACAGAUUGAAUAUACAUCCAGGACAAAAAAAUCUACAGACACUCCAAUAAACUGCAAUGACAUCUUCAAACCUUUACUUGGAGAAGAGAGAGAAAAGGAGAGACCCAUCAGAACUGUGCUGACGAAGGGCAUCGCUGGCAUUGGAAAAACAGUCUCUGUGCAGAAGUUCAUCCUCGACUGGGCUAAAGAAGAAGCUAAUCAGGAUGUUGAUUUCAUCUUUGUGCUCCCACUCCGAGAGCUGAAUCUGAUUCAAGAUGACCAGUACAGUCUUCAUGGACUUUUGCGUUACUUCCACCCUGAACUUACAGAGAUAGAAGAGGCAAAGAUAUAUGAUACCUGCAAAGUCAUGUUCAUCUUUGAUGGUCUGGAUGAAAGCAGACUACCAUUAGGUUUUCAUCAGAACAAGAAGUUGACUGAUCUUACUGAGACAUCAUCAGUUGACAGGUUGAUGACAAACCUCAUUGAGGGGAAUCUGCUUCCCGAAGCUCUCCUCUGGAUAACCUCCCGACCAGCAGCAGCCAAUCAGGUCCCCCAUGAGUACAUCAACAAGGUGACAGAAGUACGAGGGUUCAAUGACAAACAGAAAGAAGAGUACUUUGAGAAGAAUGUUGAGGAUGAGAACCGGGCCAGGAGAAUCAUCUCACACAUUAAUACAUCAAGGAGCAUCCACAUCAUGUGCCACAUACCAGUCUUCUGUUGGAUUACUGCCAGGGUUCUUGAGCAAAUGUUGAGUGAAGAUAAGAGUGGAGAUAUUACAACUCGGACUGAGAUGUACAAUCACUUCCUGCUCAUUCAGACGAACCUGAAAAGCAAGAAGUAUGAUGGGAAAAAUGAGACAGAUCUGGACAUAAUCAUAGAAAGACACAAAGAAAUAAUUAUCAAACUGGCACAACUUGCAUUUGAACAGUUGGUGAAGGGAAAUCUGAUAUUCUAUAAGAAAGACCUGGAGGAGUGUGGUAUUGAUGUCAGUGAAGCCUCAGUGUACUCUGGGUUUUGCACAGAAAUGCUCAAAGAAGAGUAUGGGUUGUAUUGGAAGAAAGUUUACUGCUUUGUUCACCUGAGUUUCCAGGAGUUCCUUGCUGCUCUGUUCGUGUUCCACUGCUGUGUGAGCAAGAACAUCAAGGCCCUGGAGUCUUUCAUUGGGGAUGUGUCUUCAGAGCUGCCCUUGCAUGAGCUGCUGAAGAUGAUGGUGGAUAAAGCCUUGGAGAGUGAGAAUGGACACCUGGACCUGUUCCUCCGCUUCCUUGUUGGCAUCUCAACAGAAUCCAACCAGAGACUGUUACAAGACCUACUGCCACAAACAGAGAUCAGCUCAGAGACUGUUGACGAAAUUAAGAAAUACCUCAGGGAGCCAAAUGUAGAGCAAGUUUCACCUGAUAGGUACAUCAAUCUACUCAUCUGCUUGACUGAGAUGAAAGAUGAUUCAGUACAUGAGGACAUUGACAAGUUCCUGAAGUCAGGAACGCAAACAGGAAAAGAACUCUCAGGUUCACACUUCUCAUCACUGGCCAACGCACUGCUGAUGUCAAAAGCUGUGCUGGAUGAGAUUGACCUGAGGACAUACAACCUGUCACCUGGGUGUACGAGACUGGUCCCAGCUGUAAGGAAAUGCAGAAAGGCCAUACUGAUUGGCUUUGAACUCUCUAUGGAGGACUACGAAUCACUGGCCUCCAUUCUCCAAUCAGCAGACUCACAUCUAAGAGAGCUGCACCUGGAUGACAUCGGGGAGCGUGAUCCUGAUGGUAUUGAUGACCCUGAUGGUGAUGACGAGGCAAGACUGACUGUUCUCUUUGCUGCGCUGACUGUUGUCCUCGCUGCACUGAAGCAUCCACACUGUAAACUGGAUACACUGAGACUGGGUGGCUAUAAACUCUCUGAAGAGCACUGUGAGUUACUGCUCUCUGCUCUCCAAUCAGCGGACUCACAUCUGAGAGAACUGGACCUGAGAGACACUCAGCUGUCUGAUGGUGGCGGGAGGGAACUCUUUGCUUCUCUGAAACAUCAGAACUGUAAACUACACAAACUGAGACUGGCUAGCUUUAGAAUCUCUGAGGAGAACUGGGGAUCACUGGCCUCCGUUCUCCAAUCAGCAGACUCGUCUCUGAGAGAACUGGGCCUGGACCUGAGGAACAGUGGACUGUCUGACGAUGGUGGGAGGGAACUCUUUACUGCUCUGAAACAUCCACACUGUAAACUACAGACACUGAGGCUGAACGGAUGUUAUCUGACAGAUAAAUGGUGUGAAGCGUUGGCCUCAGCUCUCAGCUCAAACUCCUCUCACCUGAGAGAGCUGGAUCUGAGUCACAAUGACCUGCAGGAUUCAGGAGUGAAGCUGCUCUCUGCUGGACUGGGGAAUCCACACUGUCAACUACAGAAACUGAAGCUGUCAUUCUGUAGAGUCACAGAGGAAGGCUGUGCUUCUCUGGCUUCAGCUCUGAGGUCAAACCCCUCCCACCUGAGAGAACUGGACCUGAGCUUAAAUCACCCAGGAGACUCUGGAGUGAAGCUGCUCUCUGCUAGACUGGAGGAUCCACACUGUAGACUGGAGAAACUCAAUGUGGACCAUAAUGAAGAGAUCUGGGUUAAGUCACAGCUGAUGAAGACAUAUGCCUGUGAUCUAACACUGGACCCAAACACAGCACACAGAAACCUCUCUCUGUCUGAGGGGAACAGAAGGGUGGAGAGGGUUAAAGAGAAGCAGCCGUAUCCCAAUCAGCCAGAGAGAUUUGAUACAUACGCCCAGGUGCUGUGUAGAGAGGGUCUGACUGGGCGCAGUUACUGGGAGGUCGAGUGGAGCGGGCUGGCUGACAUAGGAGUGACAUAUAAAGGCAACAGCAGAAAAGGAGACGGUUCUUUCUGUGACUUUGGAUACAAUAACGAGUCCUGGCGUCUGGCCUGCCGUGGGAAUCAUUACGGUGCCCUCCACAAUAGUGAAUAUACUACUAUACAUGCUCCACACCUCAUCAAUCCUCCUCAACCCCAGAAAGACCUGUCCUCCUCCACUCCACACCUCAUCAACCCUCCUCAACCCCAGAGAGACCUGUCCUCCUCCACUCCACACCUCAUCAACCCUCCUCAUCCCCAGGGAGACCUGUCCUCCUCCCCUCCACGCCUCAUCAACCCUCCUCAACCCCAGGGAGACCUCCCCUCCUCCCCUCCACACCUCAUCAACCCUCCUCAACCCCAGAGAGACCUGUCCUCCUCCCCUCCACACCUCAUCAACCCUCCUCAACCCCAGAGAGACCUGUCCUCCUCCACUCCACACCUCAUCAACCCUCCUCAACCCUUGAGAGACCUGUCCUCCUCCCCUCCACACCUCAUCAACCCUCCUCAACCCCAGAGAGACCUGUCCUCCUCCCCUCCACACCUCAUCAACCCUCCUCAACCCCGGAGAGACCUGUCCUCCUCCACUCCACACCUCAUCAACCCUCCUCAACCCCAGAGAGACCUGUCCUCCUCCACUCCACGCCUCAUCAACCCUCCUCAACCCCAGAGAGACCUGUCCUCCUCCACUCCACGCCUCAUCAACCCUCCUCAACCCCAGAGAGACCUGUCCUCCUCCACUCCACGCCUCAUCAACCCUCCUCAACCCCAGAGAGACCUGUCCUCCUCCACUCCACACCUCAUCAACCCUCCUCAACCCCAGAGUGACCUGUCCUCCUCCACUCCACGCCUCAUCAACCCUCCUCAACCCCAGAGAGACCUGUCCUCCUCCCCUCCACGCCUCAGAGUAGGAGUGUUUCUGGACUGGCCGGUCGGCACGCUUUCCUUCUAUGAGAUCUACUCUGACACAAUGAACCACCUGUACACAUUCCAGACCAUAUUCACUGAGCCCCUCUACCCAGGGUUUGGUGUUUCUAAUGAGGAGGGCUCUUCAGUGUCCCUGAUCCAGGUAGAGUAGUCUCCUGUGUCCUGGAGGAACACCUGGGUAUCCAUGGAAACACACUCACAGUCCUGUUCUAACCCAACCAUGUGACAGGAUGGUGUGUUGCUGACAGUGAUCAUGACUACAGAUAUGGACAUUGUAACAGAUAAAUGUUGUUGACAGUGAUCAUGACUACAGAUAUGGACAUUGUAACAGAUAAAUGUUGUUGACAGUGAUCAUGACUUCAGAUAUGGACAUUGUAACAGAUAAAUGUUGUUGACAGUGAUCAUGACUUCAGAUAUGGACAUUGUAACAGAUAAAUGUUGUUGACAGUGAUCAUGACUACAGAUAUGGACAUUGUAACAGAUAAAUGUUGUUGACAGUGAUCAUGACUUCAGAUAUGGACAUUGUAACAGAAACAUUUUGUCGACGGUGAUCCUGACUUCAGAUAUUCGUAUUCACACCACUGAGUCAAUACUUUGUUGAAGCACCGUUGGCAGCGAGUACAGCUGUGAGUCUUUUUGGGUAUGUCUCUAAGAGCUUUGCACACCUGGAUUGUUCAAUAUUUUACCAUUAUUAUUUGUUCAAUUAUUCAUGCUCUGUCAAAUUGGUUGUUGAUCAUUGUUAGACAGCUAUUAUCAAGUAUUGCCAUAGAUUUUCAAGCAGAUUUAAGUCAAAACUGUAAUAGGCCACUCAGGAACAUUCAAUGUCAUCUUGGUAAGCACCUUUUUCCUAUAAAAUGCCUUACUCCUUGCUGAUGACAAACAUACUCAUAACAUGAUGCAGCCACCAUCAUGCUUGAAAAUAUGAAGAGUGGUACUCAGUGAUGUGUUGUGUUGGAUUUGCCCCAAACAUAAUGCUUUGUAUUCAGGACAAAAAGUUAAUUUCUUUGCCACAUUUUAUGCAAUAUGUUUUUAGUGCCUUUGUUACAAACAGGAUGCAUGUUUUGGAAUAUUUUAAUUCUGUACAGGCUUCCUUCGUUUCACUCUGUCAUUUAGGUUAGUAUUGUGGAGUAACUACAAUGUUGUUGAUCCAACCUCGGUUUUCUCAUAUCACAACCAUUCAACCAUGUAGCUGUUUUAAAAUCACCAUUGUCCUCAUGGUGAAAUCUCUGAGUGGUUUUCUUCCUCUCCGGCAACUGAGUUCGGGAAGGAUGCCUGUAUCUGUGUAGUGACUGGGUGUAUUGAUACACGUUCCAAAGUGUAAUUAGUAACUUCACCAUGUUCAAAGGGAUAUUCAGCGGCUGCUUUUUUUUAAUACACAUAUCUACCAAUUGGUGCCCUUUGUGAGGCAUUGAAAAACCUCCCUGGUCUUUGUGGUUGAAUCUGUGCUUGAAAUUGAGGGACCCAACAGAUAAUUGUAUGUGUGAGGUACAGAGAUGGUGUAGUCAAUCAGAAAGCAUGUUACCGGAAUGAGUCCAUGCAACUAAUUAUGUGAUUUGUUAAGCACAAUUUUACUACUGAACUUAUAUAGUCUUGCCAUAACAAAGAGGCUGAAUACUUAUUGACUCAAGACAUUUCAGCUUUUCAUUUUUUUUUUGUUAAUAAAAUAAAAUCCCGAAAACAAAAUUCCA